AUGCGCAUGCGCUACACAUAUUUUCGCUGCAGCGCAGGUUUCCUUUUUUUUACUCCCUAAAAAAACAAAUUUUCUCUUUUGGUAGUGUGUAAGUUUAUGGCCAGAUACAUGAGGCCCCCAAACACGUCUUUGUUCGUCAGAAACAUCUCGGAUGAGUCCAGGCCUGAGGAUUUGCGGCGUGAGUUUGGCCGCUAUGGGCCGAUAGUAGAUGUCUACAUCCCACUUGACUUCUAUACACGUCAAUCAAGAGGAUUUGCAUACAUUCAGUUUGAGGAUGUGCGUGAUGCGGAGGAUGCUCUUCACAGCCUGGACAGGAAGUGGGUUUGUGGCCGGCAGAUUGAAAUCCAGUUUGCUCAGGGGGACCGAAAAACACCAAAUCAGAUGAAAUCAAAGGAAAGGCGUUCUCCGGGCAGAUCCUCUCGAUACGAUGACUACGAUCGAGACAGCCGGCGCAGACGUUCGCGCAGCCGCAGCUACGAACGAUACCGGUCACGGAGCCCUUCUUACGAGCGCCACCGCAGACGAUCUGAAAGUCCUCGAGAUUCUGGACGGAUGUAUGCGAGAGGAAGAAGCAGGAGCCGCGAGGCUGAAAGGUACAGGCAGAGGCCUCGGAGAGAGUCCAGAGGGAGAUCUCGCUCACACUCCAAAUCUGCAUCUCCACGAGAAAACGUGAACCCGGCGUCGACCUCCCAUUACACCGAGGAAGAAGUGCGACGGACACACUCCCCAUCCCGCUCCAGGUCCCGCUCUGCGUCAAGAUCGCGCUCCCGUUCGCGCUCUCGGUCCCGAUCCUGGGCUGGACGCAAGUCAGGAGGACGCUAGCGAAGUACCCGCUCCCCCCUUCUCUCCGUCAUUAUGUCAGAUGCACCAGAGUUGGUUCAUUUGUUCAGAAAUGUUUGUUUUGACAUGAAUGUAACGUCCACUGAACCAUUUGUAGAAAGCUUGUUUCGCGGCUCCAUUUUAAGAACAAUGCUAGUCCUUUUUGCUCGGUUUUAUAAAACUGUAUUGGUGAGAUUCCCCCGAUAGGAAUAUGAAACAGUCGGCGUUUUCUGUGUUCAGUGGUAGUCGGCCAGGAAUAAUUGUCUUUUUUAUAUGCGGUUACUGAUGAUUUUGUUUUCUAAACCCUAUGCACCCAUUUUUGCAAAAAAGAAAAAAAAAAGAACAUUCAGUAUUUUAAAAUGAAUCCAGUCUGUUGCCGAACCAAACCAGCGUUUCUGUGCGUUUUACGUCAUUAUUCGGUCACUCCAGGGUUUCGCUGAUGUUGCAGACUAAAAUUCCUUCCAUUCUUAAAACUUUCAAUGCGUGUUUUGAUGUUUUUAGGCAUUUUUGUGCAAUUAAAUUGUGGGCCAAAAUAUUUGUGAUGUUGAGCUUAUUACCAGCAGUCAGUGUUUACCACCAAAUUUAAAUCUGUCAGCGCUGAAGGACGGUCGCCAUUAGCUGGUCUCCUCCUGCUCUCUCUGCCGGUUAGCACGAGCUAACGCAGCAGCAGCAGCUCACAUCUGACACUGAGCCGUUAAACGACCGCUAAACGUCCCAACAAUCUCGCACCGAAACGGCUCAACUCAACACAUGAUGUUCAUAGUUGGCUCUGUUACUGUGUGUGUGUGUGACUGGUGUAGGCUCGGAGCUCACACUCCUGCAGCAGUGGUCUCAUGAUAAACAGAGAGCAGGCAGGGGCUGAGCAUAUCAAUACACUGCACGGGCUCUACAAUGCAGUAAGAAUUUGACCCUUUUAAAAAGUCAAAUUUGCAGUAAAGUUGCAUCUAUUCAACAACAUUGCAAGGUUGUGUAAGAUUCAAAAGGAUUGGCAGAAUUUGCAUUAAUCGUUGCCAUGGCAAUAUCCUGGAGGGACUGAUAAUUACGCUUUUUUACCUUACUGCUGAUCUUUCUCCUAAAAUUUUUCUUGUUUUUCUUCCCUCCUUUCAGCCGCAUGUUCAGUAUUCUGAAACGUAAAAGUUGCUCAAGAUAAUCAGUCACAGUUAACAUUAUUAAGGUAAUCACUGACAAAUGCUGCCUUCAAAUGUAACUAAUUAUUAUUUAUAAUCUAGCAACGUAUCCAGCGGGUAACGCAGAGUAGGAAAUGCAAAGGCAUUAUUUCGAGGCUUUCAGCGAUACAUACAUCGAUUUUCCUCAGACAUAAAACUUUGAAGAACUGCUCAUUUUACGAUCUAUUAUGUUACCAUCCUCCGAAAAGUUAAAGUUGAUGGCCUACGAUGUUUCUUAAAACGUUUUGGCAAACUGAGCUUUCUAAACAUUUCCACGUAGAACAUCUGAUACCACGAGACGGUGAUCUGGAUUAUUCCGAUGAACGCGUUAAUUCGGACCCCAUUUGAAGGCCGACUGAAAUGAAAGUGCAUCAAUAGCACGACUGAAAAAAACAAAAGUGAACUUGACAUUAAAUUUUGAAGUCACUACAAGUCAAUCAUUUAGAUUAAGAGAAUACAGCUGCCUGGAAGACAAACAUUAAAGGUGUAAAAGAUACAGUCUGUGCUGAAGGAAUUAUCUGCGGUAGUAUCGAGUGUGUGAGUAUUGAGGCUAAAAUACACCGAAACGCUGCUUUGGUCCUUAAAAGUGUUAAAAUGUCGCCCAGUGACUUUAACCAACCACAAUCUGUUUAAAAUGUACAUUAACCUGUUUUAAAUCCGUGGUGUUUUCUGUAAGAUUAGAUUAUUUCUUCAGAGGGCGUUUUAUUUUUGGAACAUUUGGGUUUUGAGCGGAGGAACGACAGUUUCUCGUUGGUGUUUACUCGACUGUCUCGGUGGUUUUUCUGAGCGAAUCUUUGUCACUGCAUGUUUUACUCUCCUAAUCUUCUAUCUUUAGUAGGAACAAACUGUUAUUUUGAGUAAUAAAUGGAAACAUUCAGCAUAAGGAAA